UCGGCUGACGUUUUGCUAGCGGUCGAUACUGUUACUCACAGAAUUUAUGGGAUUAUAGCAACGUUGUCUACUCGCACAGGGUGAAACAUUUUCGUGGAUUUCCCCACCAUUAACUUGCUGAAGGAUCUGUCUUCCAGCGAACCAUAAUGGGGAACACUCCUACAUCAAAACAAGGGCCGAACCAGGAUAUAAGUGAUGGUUCUAUCACGCCAGCAUCAUUGAAAAACUUCCUAGCACAAGCAAAAGAAGAAUGCCAGAAAAAAUGGGACUGCCCAACACAAAAUACAGCGUGUCUAGACGACUUCGAACGUUUAAAAACCCUAGGUACCGGCUCUUUUGGUAGGGUCAUGUUGGUCAAGCAUAAAUCAACUGGUAACUUCUUCGCUAUGAAAAUACUUGAUAAACAAAAGGUGGUGAAAUUGAAGCAAGUAGAACACACACUGAAUGAAAAGAGGAUCUUACAAUCCAUCAGCUUCCCCUUCCUUGUUAGCUUAGAGUUUCACUUCAAGGACAACUCCAACUUGUACAUGGUGCUGCAGUUCAUACCUGGCGGAGAAAUGUUCUCACACCUAAGAAGGAUUGGGCGUUUCAGUGAGCCACAUGCAAGAUUUUAUGCAGCCCAAAUAGUCCUUGCGUUUGAGUACCUUCAUUAUCUGGACGUCAUAUACAGAGAUCUUAAGCCGGAAAACAUACUUAUCGACAGAACGGGAUACAUCUCGGUAACAGAUUUUGGUUUUGCCAAGAGGGUGAAGGGUCGCACGUGGACGUUGUGCGGGACGCCGGAAUACCUGGCACCAGAAAUUAUCCUCAGCAAGGGUUACAACAAGGCAGUUGACUGGUGGGCCAUGGGCGUCUUAAUCUAUGAAAUGGCAGCAGGCUACCCUCCGUUCUUCGCCGAUCAGCCUAUCCAGAUCUAUGAGAAAAUCGUCUCAGGAAAAGUCCGAUUCCCGUCGCAUUUCAGCGCGGACCUGAAGGACUUGCUGCGCAAUCUACUCCAGGUAGACCUCACCAAACGCUUUGGCAACCUCAAAAAUGGCAUCUCAGACAUCAAGAAUGCAAGGUGGUUCGGCAGUACAGACUGGAUCGCAAUCUACCAGAAGAAGGUUGAAGCACCCUUUGUACCCAAAGUCAAGAGUGCAAGCGAUCCGAGUAACUUUGACGACUAUGAAGAGGAAGCCCUCCGUAUCUCAUCCUCAGAAAAAUGUGCCAAGGAAUUUGCCGACUUCUAACUUGGGCCCCCUUCCACACCCUACUCCUGUCUUAUCAACACCUCCCUGCCCUUACAAAUCCCACUGCUGAGUUAAAAAGUCGUCCAGCGUUUAAUUCAGAAGGUACCCGGACUGGAUCUGGACCACCGAGCCUCUCCCUAGCAUAAAGGAGCCGCCAAACCCUACAAGAAAUGCCUAACUUCAUCAACAGACACGGCCAUAAGCCUCUGACAGGUCAGUAGUGCCUUUAAAGUGUCUGAACAGCAAUCGGCGGGCCGGCUGGAAGUCUUUCAUAUGGAGACACGGGAGUUCCGUUCACCUCCCAACAAUGCCCCAUCAAUCACAAGCAGUUGUGUCGGGUCCUAGACCUUAAGGGUUCUAGACCUAUAGGGUCCUACACCUAUAGAGUCCUAGACCUAUAGGGCCCUAGACCUAUAGGGUCCUAGACCUCUAGGGUCUUAGACCUCUAGGGUCUUAGACCUCUAGGGUCCUAGGCCUAUAGGGUCCUAGGCCUAUAGGGUCCUAGGCCUAUAGGGUCCUAGACCUAUAGGGUCCUAGGCCUAUUGGGUCCAAGACCUAUAGGGUUCUAGACCUAUAGGGUCCUAGGCCUAUAGGGUCCUAGGCCUAUAGGGUCCUAGGCCUAUAGGGUCCUAGGCCUAUAGGGUCCUAGACCUAUAGGGUCCUAGACCUAUAGGGUCCUAGACCUAUAGGGUCCUAGACCUAUACACCAAUCCAGGCGGGCCCCGAUUUGCUGCGGUGUCUUUAGUGCCUAGAUUAUGCACAAAAAGAUUGGUCUAUAGGGUCCGAGUCCUACAGGCCUAAAGCAAGUGUUGAAAACUUGAUACAGCUGUGGGGUAUCAAUUUUUGGUAAUGAACACAGUCAACAAAUUUUACGUAAUGCAUUUGAAAGCUUUGGGAUGUUUUAAGGCGGAGGCAGGUUUGGUUUUUUCUAUCGGAGAAGUAAGAUUUCUGAAAUUGUUUACAUUGAUUACCUAAAAUUUACUUAACUCGGUCAAGAAUCUCUGGUUGAGCUCCAAAUCUGUUUUCCAAUUGCGGUACUUAGGCCUACUGGAUGAUUUCGAUCGAGAACAUUUGAUGAUUAAUUGAGUUGUCCGUGUGUCGUGUGUCAAUCCUCGGAACGACGCGCAAGGCACUACUGACCAAAAUGCUUUCUUUUCAAACCGUUUGGAAGUCGUUCCUCCACUUUGUAAUUUCUGAAAAUUUGACCUCUACGUUAACUGCCUUCCCUCUCCAGAGAAAAAAAAAAAGUAAGAAAAUUAAUAGAGAGUGAGUGAAUUGUACAUAGGUCUGCCUGCCAGGUUUAUAAUUAAAUGUUCGUUGAGAAAUUAUUAAGUGCGAGUCGAUAAUUAUGUUCAUAGUGCUUUAUCAUCGUUAAUUGUUCAUUGGAGUUCAUCGUUCUUAUUAAAUUAUGAUUCUUAAAAUGAAAAGAGGACAAACGAGUUGAAUGAAACCGAUCCGUUUGGGUUUGUGUCGGGAAACAAACAAAAUGAUAGGGAGAGAUUUCACAUUUUUAUUUGUGUGGGCGUUUCUGUUAUUGUUUUUAUUGUUUGAUUUUAUGACGUUAUAAACAAGGUGCAAUAAAUGAUAUUGUACCAUAACAGCAUGUUUGUUCCAUUACAAGUGUCAAACAGAACGAGAAGUUAUUUCUUACUCUGGCCUAGAUAUUUCCUCUUGGGUUUUGUUUAUAAAUAAAAAAAAAAAAACUUUGUCAUCUUUCUCCGAGUCCUUUUACAAACGCAUCAUAUUGGAACCAUCAAUUAAAGAUGUUCUACAGUCACACAUAUUCAUGGUGUAAGCCGAUAAACAUAGUUAGUAAUUCAGACCACGAGUUAUAAGGACACUUACAAUUUGACCCAGUUUUGAUCAUACAUUUUAUGGAAAAAGACAAUCGUAACUUUUCUGCCCAAAAGAACCCAAUUUUGUGACCCAGUCUCUACUUAGCCUUUUGGUUGGUAACAUUAAGCUCUAUUAUAUAUUGACUAGCGCGCCAACUCUUGAUUCUCCAAGGGUUUGUUAUAGACUCCAGGAUUGCUUGUGCAUUAUUGAGGAACGAUAAAAUGGUUCUUUGAAAGUACAUAAUGGCCAGCGACAGUCGUACAAGCUUUUACUUAGGUUUGUUUACAAUUAUGGAUGCACCCACAUUUAAAGGGCAAGUUAGUGCUCUAGUCAGUAUAUAGGCUCAUGACUAUUAACUUGUUUGGGCUAAGCAGGGACUGGCUAAGCUUAGCAAAGUUGUAUGGACUGAGAAAUUUGGGCCCAUGCUGUUGACAUUUCUCAAGGUAAAAGUACUUUCAUGUUAACUAUUGCUCAAAACCAUUUUGUCCCUUUCUGUGUUAACCCUGCCUAUUAUCAAAAUGAAUUACUAUUGCGAACCCUACACCAAAUGCACAGCUUGCUUUAUAGCAAUUGCACACUUCGCACAUUGUUUUAAAGUCAAGAACAUUUAACCAAUGCAACAGAGAGUAAAGUUUUUAAGCAAAUUUGUAUGAGCCCACCAAGUAUAAUGCUAUAUUUUACUGGUGCCAAUUCUCACAAUCGUACAUUGUUAAAUUGUUCUUAAUCCAAACAUAUUUCAAUACCCAAGCAAUUUUCUUUGGGGAUGUUGUUUUGAAGAGAACAUUUUGCUCACCACUUCCCCGAUCAUCCUUUUCACCAAAAACAGGUUCCAUUUAGUUAACAGUUUUCUGUCCAGGUUCUGUUUACCUCUGGGACCAAAUUUCAUAGAGACUAAUGCUUAAAAAUUUGUUGCUUAGCAUAACGGAGCAGGAUACCAGUCACAAAUUAUACAUUUGGAAUGUUAAUUUGGCUGGUUUCCUUCUUCAUGU